UAGUUGUGUGUUUACAUUUCAGUGGCUUCACGUAAACCGUAACUGUUUUUAUAUUGGAGCUUUCUGAGCCUGGUCAGUUAGCGAGCUUUGAAGCUUAUGUUAAGUUUAGAGAAAGUUUAGCCAGCAAGAUAGCUAGCUUGCUAGGUAGGUGUUUAGCCAGAGUUAGCGGUACAAUGGACAGGUUUUUUCCUUUCCUCCCUUGAGCUGACAACGUUUAUGAACCAAGUGUGGAAGAGCAUUCACCGCACCUUAUGCAUCUGAGUAAUUUAAGUUAGCACUAAGUAGUCAGCCUAUCUUUCGAUUCUGCAUAUUUUCUUGUUCAGCUGGUUGUGGCUUGCUACGUAUGCUAUACAUGAUAAAUGAGAUCAUCGAAUUUGCUCAGCUAGUAGCAAAGUUUCCCCUAGCUAGCUAGCAUAAAUAUAUAGACUUGGCAAACACCAGUGUUUAGGAUACUUUAACGUUAACUUAAGGUGGAUACAAAUUGGAGUUAGUCUUUUUGGAGAAGUUGUGCAACUUGACUUUAGGUUGCUAAACUUACUAUAAGGUAUCAUGAUAGCAAGGUAGCGAAUAGCCUUAACACAUUGAAUGAGGAAUUUGAAUUGUUUGAGCGCCGGUCUGUAACAACUCGGCGCUUUAAUGCAAACAUUGUCUCAUUUAAAAUCGAAUAUGGAAAACAUCUUCAAGGCAAUGACUGAACAAGUUUGAACUAAGAUACCUUGUAAGCGCACGUAUGCUUGUGCUAGGUAUAACGUUCUAAGACAAAUUGGUUGUGUGCUCGCUCCUGCUGUAAACAGCUUGCUGGCAACGUUAACGUUAUUCCCACAGUUGAGGACUUUUCUUUACACAUUACAUUGGCAAUUUCGCUUUGGCUUGAGCUAGCUAGAUGACGUUCCAAGACAAAUUGGAUGUGCUCGCUCUUGAUGUAAACACAGCUUGCUAGCAACGUUACUCCCACCAUUUUCUUUAUUCAUUGCCUUUGGCAAUUUGAGUUGUUUUCUUUCCAGAGGAUGGGAAGUGGAUAGCACAGCUCAUUUGUUGUAUGGUUGUGAGUGCAGUAACUCACCUGUAACGUCUUGUUAUUUUCCCUACAGUACUUGCAUUAGGUAUGGUGACAGAGAAUUAUGUGUAGUAAUAACUAGAUGUUCUGUGUGGAGAUAUUUUGUGUUGUGUGCUUCAUUUCUAGGCAUAACUAUUUAAAUGUGUAGAAUUCAUGUAAAAGGUAUGGUGCAAAUAAAAAGAACAUGUUAUGCUCUCAGUCUUUCUAAAUCACAGGAUGUAUUUCUGUUUGUCUGCAGUGCCAUUCCCGAUCUUGUACUUUGAACUCUUCCUCCGUUCUUUUCACCCUCUCCUCCACCUGUCACUGCAUCUCUUGCCUCUGCACAUUUCUCACUCUUCUUCGAUUUUCCUCUCCUUUCUCCUCAUUUCCUCGUUUUCUGUCUCUCUUGUUCUCUGUCUCUUCACUCACUCGCUCUCUGUGGUCAUGUGUGACAACGGGGAUCACGAGGAUAAACCCCCCGCCCCUCCAGUGAGGAUGAGUAGCACCAGUUUUGGCAGCAGCGGGAAAGACCACACACUCUCAGCCAAUCACAGCUCCAAGCCCCUGCCCUCUGUGCCAGAGGAGAGGAAACGCAACAAGAUCAUCUCCAUCUUCUCCAGCGGGGAGAAAGUGGGCAGAAGAAAAGACCGAGACAAGGAGCGGCCUGAGAUUUCUCCACCGUCUGAUUUUGAACACACAAUCCAUGUCGGUUUUGAUGCAGUCACAGGAGAGUUUACAGGUAUGCCAGAGCAGUGGGCGCGGCUCCUGCAGACAUCCAAUAUCACCAAGUCUGAGCAGAAGAAGAAUCCUCAAGCUGUACUCGAUGUUCUGAAGUUCUACGAUUCUACAGGCAACGGCCGCCAGAAGUACCUCAGUUUCUCAUCAGAAAAAGAUGGUUAUCCCCCAGGCCCACAAUCUCCUGUCAAGAAAGGCACAGAACCUUCAUCAACAAACACCAAAGACAUUGAUAACGGUGGUGAUGACGAUGAAGAUGAUGAUGAGGCACCUCCACCUAUUGUCGCACCCCGCCCUGAACACACCAAGAGUGUAUAUACGCGACCCUCCAUGAUUGAUCCCCUGCCCCCGCCUGUGACUGCUCCAGACGGGGACUCGGCCUCCAAGGCAGCUGACCGACAGAAGAAGAAGGGCAAGAUGACGGAUGAAGAGAUUAUGGACAAACUGAGAACCAUAGUUAGUAUUGGAGAUCCCAAGAAGAAGUAUACACGUUACGAAAAGAUUGGGCAAGGAGCUUCAGGAACAGUGUACACUGCAAUAGAUGUUGCAACUGGACAGGAGGUGGCCAUUAAACAGAUUAACCUCCAGAAACAGCCCAAAAAGGAGCUCAUCAUCAAUGAGAUCCUGGUGAUGAAGGAGCUGAAAAACCCGAACAUUGUCAACUUCGUAGACAGCUUUUUGGUAGGCGAGGAGCUCUUUGUAGUGAUGGAGUAUCUGGCCGGUGGAUCUCUCACAGAUGUUGUGACCGAGACGUGUAUGGAUGAGGCUCAGAUUGCAGCUGUUUGUCGAGAGUGUUUACAAGCAUUGGAGUUCCUGCAUGCCAACCAGGUCAUCCAUCGAGACAUCAAAAGUGACAACGUCCUAUUGGGCAUGGACGGCUCGGUUAAACUCACCGAUUUUGGGUUCUGUGCCCAGAUUACUCCAGAGCAGAGCAAGCGCAGCACCAUGGUGGGAACCCCUUACUGGAUGGCGCCUGAGGUCGUGACCCGGAAGGCUUAUGGGCCCAAGGUGGACAUCUGGUCCCUGGGCAUCAUGGCCAUAGAGAUGGUGGAAGGCGAGCCACCGUACCUCAAUGAGAACCCACUAAGGGCACUCUAUUUAAUUGCCACAAAUGGCACCCCGGAGCUUCAGAGUCCAGAGAAGCUGUCGCCGGUUUUCCGUGACUUCCUGAGCCGUUGUCUGGAGAUGGACGUGGAGAAACGAGGAGGAGGAAAAGAGCUGUUGCAGCACCCCUUCCUGAAGCUGGCCAAGCCUCUAUCUAGCCUCACGCCACUUAUCUUAGCAGCCAAGGAUGCCAUGAAGAACAACCGCUAACCUUUCAGAUGAGCGGGUCCCUUAAUCAUCCUGAGCUGAGUGUUCCUGACGUGAUGUCAGAAGCCCCUUCUCCUUGUGCCCCCUACACUUUCUUUUGCUGACGUGCCAUCAAGCAGCCAAGCCCUUGAAGCCACGCUGUCUCCAAGACCAAAAACGUAAGCCCCAAUCUACAGGGGUUGGAACUCUGGUGGCCUUAUGGACUCUUUAUUUAGUUUUUUGUUUGUUUGUUUAUUAUUAUUUUUUGUCUUACCCAGGGGUUAUGAACUCUUCCCCGACACCAACUGAGAUGGUAUUUUCCCCCUGCAUUUUUAAACUAUACAGAAAAAACGAUGUGUUCCAUAAUAUUGAUGACUCAAUUUCAUGUGACCGAUCAAAAACAAACAAAAUCUAUCUCUUGUCGCAGGUAACUUUUUUUUUUGUUUUGUAUGAAUCAUGUCUCCAUGUUGUAUAGAUCCAUGUGUCUUUCAUUUCAAAAUAUGACGUAAAAAAGACAACAUUCAAGUGUGGGUCCAGAAACAUAUCUUGAUUUCUCCACUCCAUGCGAAGAACAUUGUGUUCGAUUUUUUUUUCCAUAAUUUCAAAAAGAAGUAGCGUUUAUGACACUCCCUUGUUGCCACGUCAGUUUUGAAUCUCACCAGCCUCCUUCAGAGGAUGGCGUGCACCUUAUUUGCCGAUGCCAACAGUAGCUUGUGAGUGGUAGGGUUGUCACUUGUGCCUUGUGUACUUGUUCCUACACAAACUAAGUAUUGUGAACCCGUACAGGAUGGAGUCCUUCUUAUGGCCGUUUCUUCAUUUGACUAGAACCUGGGAAGAUAAACUUUCAUAAGGUAAAAUUUGUUAUGUAUAUUACGAACUUCAAAAAAGGAAACGGUAGUAUACAAAUUAGGACUUUUAGACAAGCUGUCAUUUAAUAUGUAUGUUUAUAUGUAUAAACACUAUUUUUGUUUUUAAUAACUAACAUUAUAAAUAGAUCUGUUGUAAGUCUUGGUCAGGCCUGUUUUGGUGCCUUGAAUCUGACUUUAUUCCCAUGUCAAAAAUUGUAACUGUGAAAAUAAAAAAUAGUGUUUCUUGUCAAA